AUGGGAAAUAUUAAUCAAGUAUAUUGUUUUUACGUUAGGGUACUCGGCCAGACCGUCAACUGGCAAGAAAAUGGAAGACCGAACGGGCACUUAAGCAGGUCCAUUAUUAUCAACCAAAAUUUCACAGGUAUAAAUGGAGAUAUAAACGGGACUAUUACUGCUGAAAAUCUUGUUGCUGGAAAUGCUCGUAAACGAAAUAAAUUAAUAAGCAUAAGCAAGGAUCAUAUUAAUGAUAGUCAAGAACAAACGUCAACAAAUGAUGAUGAAUCUGCAAUUGAAGAUAUUGAGCAAAUGCUGAUACUCCCGAUUAUGAGACAACAACUCGAAAAUGUUCAAGUGACGAAAUGGGCGAAUCAAGCUGAUUCUAAUGAAACAAUAGAAAUUAAAUAUGAUGAUUUAGAAGAAUUAGAACAGCAAAUAACAUUAAGUUCAUUAAAUGAGUGGGAAGUAGGCACGGUUAACGUGUCAAGAAAAUUUAAAGCGCAUCAAAGACAAUUAGUAACAAGUGUUAGGCAGAAAAAAACAAAAUUGACAUGGAACAAUACAUUCGAACUAUUGCAAAGCCCUAUCAUCAAUAAUUGUAAUGUGCUGGUCUUGUCUCUAUUCUACAUUACAAGUUCCGAAUGGCGACAAGUUAUUAACUCGAAUCCAUAUAAAACUACACUACCCAUUUUAACAGAUUCACUUCUAUAA